AUGAGCUCGACUCGGCAUCCAGGCACUUUGUUUCAGGGCAAGAAGUUCGAAUGGAUCCGCGGCCAACUGCUGGGCCGUGGCGCGAUGGGUUCCGUUUGGAUGGCAACCGACCGCCACACAGGCCAGAAGAUGGCUGUCAAAGAGGUGCUUUUGGACACUACCGAGGAGGGAGAGAAGCGAGCUCCGCUUUGCGUGGACCGCGAGGUUUCCCUCUACAGGAAGGUAAGCCACCCCAAUAUCGUUGCCUUCUUCGGGACCGAGAGCAUCGGCGAGACGAUGUACAUCUUCCUGGAAUGCAUGCCUGGUGGUUCUUUGAACCAACUACUUUCGCAGAUCGGUGCCUUCGAUGAGCCUGACAUCGCAACCUACUCGCGCCAGGUGCUGGAGGCGCUUCACUACCUGCACACUCGAAAGCCCUCCAUCCUGCACAGGGAUGUCAAGACCGCCAACAUCCUUCUAGGUGUGGACGGCAUUGUGAAGCUGGCAGACUUCGGAUGCUCGAAGCGUGCAUCAGGAAAUGCUGUGCACACCCUCCGAGGUUCUGUCCAGUGGAUGGCGCCGGAAGUGGUUAAUCAGCAACCCUACGGGCGCAAAGCCGACAUAUGGAGCUUUGGCUGUGUCCUCAUCGAAAUGCUGACAACCCGACCUCCGUGGGGCCACUUCGAGACCAAUGUUGCCGCCAUUAUUCACGUGGCAACCAGCAAGGAGCUGCUACCGAAAAUGGAGUCAAGAGGCAAGCCCGGAGCUCCGGGCACUGAUUUCCUGCUGCACGCGGCUCACUCCAAAGGAGCGUCCAUCUGCGAGGCAGCUGAUGCAGUAUCCGUUCUUCGAGAGCUGGGAUGCUGCGCUUUUCCUAGACAUGCCGGCUGCCUUGCAAGGGUUCCGAAAAGCGGAACUCUUUGCAAUCUGCAUGGCCGUCGCCAGGUCACUUCCCCCUGCACUCCCACCAAUGAAUGUGGCAUUGCAGGGCGCGGACCUCAGUUCCAGUGCUAUCGCAGGCGUUUGGCCU